UUAGUUGAAGAUGAGAAUUAGCAUCAUACGCCAGUAGCAAUAGAUUUACCGGUAUUAGAACAAAACAGUUGCAGCUCAUCUUCCUCUGAAUCCCUUACUACAGGAGUAUUCAAAAAUCAGUUUAAUCAAAUCAUGAGAGAAAUAGGUUUUUUAAAUCCCCAUAUCAGGGAAUAGAGGUGAAAUAGAGGUGAAAUAGAGGUGAAAUAGAGGACCAAAACAGAGCAAGCAUCAAUCAGGGCUGGCUAUCCUUGUGGUGGAGUAAAUUCUAUGUGGGCGCUUUCACUCUCCAUUUCUCCCAUUCUCCAUACCGCGGACUCGCAACGAACCCCCCUCUCCCCCCUCUCCGGCGGAGGCACCUCCCCUCGCCGGCAAACAUUCACCCUUCCUCCCAUCUACUCCACCUCCUCCGGCAGAGACGUCUGGUUCAACCCCAAUCUCGAUGGUUGCCCAUCCAGAAUCCGCACGAGAAGACCCCAAAAUUCCCGCCAUGGUCACCAUCAAUACCUCAACCGAAGCGUGGACAUGGAUGCCCUCCUCGCCGCCCUCUCCUCCACCACCACCGCCACGGAGCUCCACGCCGUCAUGUCCCCCUAUCUCCCCCCUCACUCGUCUUCCGCCCACCACCCUCCCCUUUCCCCGCGCUUCAUGAUCUCCCUCCUCUCCCGCGAGCCUGACCACCGCCGCUCUCUCGCCCUCCUCGACUGGAUGCACGACGCCGCCCACUAUCCCCCUUCCGCUGUCGCGUAUAACGUCGUCCUCCGCAACGCUACCCGUGCCGGUGACUUCUCCCUCGCCGCAGGCCUUCUCUACGAGAUGCGUGGCUCCGUUUCCGCCGACCGUUACACAUACUCUACCCUUCUGUCCGCCCUCUCCCGCUCCAACCUCCUUGAUGCUGCUCUCUCUCUUCUCCCUUUCAUGGAUGCUGACUCCAUCUCCCCUGACCUCGUCCUCUUCUCUAGCCUCAUCUCCCUCGCCCUCCGCCUCGGCGACCAUUCCAAAGCUCUAGCUCUCUUUUCCCGCCUCCGCGCCGCUGGCAUCACCCCUGACCUCAUUGCAUACAACUCCCUCCUUUCAGCCCUCUCCCGCGCCGGUCUAUUCCGUGAAGCCCGCCGAAUACUCCUCUCCGACAUGGACGCCGCCGGCGUUCCCCCCGAUACCAUCUCCUUCUCCACCAUCCUCGCAGCUCUCGUCGCUCGCAGCCGCUUUCUCGAAGCCCUCUCCCUUUUCCACGAGAUGCGCUCCCCCCAACGCCGCCUACCCCUCGAUCUCACCACAUGCAAUAUCAUCCUCGAUGCCUACGGCCAACUCGACAUGGUCCGCGAAGCAGAUCGCUUCUUCUGGAGCAUGCGCCGCCUCGGAGUCCCCCCAUCCGUCGUCACGUGCAACACCAUGCUCCGCGUCUACGGCGACGCCGAACUCUUUGGCGAAGCCGUCCACCUUUUCCGCCUCAUGCAGCGCCAAAACAUGGAACAGAACGUUGUCACCUACAACACCAUGAUGAAGAUCUACGGAAAAUCUCUCGAACACGAGAAAGCUGGUAACCUCCUCAUGGAAAUGCAGCGCCGAGGCAUAGAACCUAAUCCCAUUACUUACUCCACCAUCAUCUCCAUUUGGGCUCGCGCUGGAAAACUCGACCGCGCCGCCAAGCUCUUCCAGAAGAUCCGCGAAUCCGGUGUAGACAUCGACCCUGCACUGUAUCAGACCAUGAUCGUGGUAUACGAGCGCGCCGGGCUCGUAGCGCACGCAAGGUGUUUGUUGCAUGACCUCAAAGAGCCGACAAACAAAAUCAGCAAAGACACGGCGGUUACUAUUCUAGCUGGAGCUGGCCGUCUCGAGGAGGCCGCGUGGUUAUUCCGCCGAGCUGAGGUGAAGAGCAUUGAGGUGUUCCAUUCCAUGAUGGAUCUGUUCGCCCGGAACAAGAAGCACGCCAAUGUCGUCGAGGUGUUCGACAGAAUGCGAGCUGGCGGACUAUUCCCGGACUCGGAGAUGAUUUCCAUGGUUCUGAAUGCUUAUGGCAAGCUUCAGAAAUUCGAAAAGGCAGAGGCUUUGUACAGUGAAAUGGAAGAGGAGGGAUGCAUUUUUGCAGAUAAGGUCCAUUUUCAAAUGCUGAGCUUGUUGGGGAUGAAGAGGGAUUUCAAGAGAGUGGAAGAAUUGCUUGAAAAGCUAAGAAAUUAUUCGGAUAUUGAUAAGAAAGAACUGCAUAUUGUGGCAGCGAAUUUGUACGAGAGAGCUAAUAGGCUCGACGACGCUGCUCGGAUUGUUGGGCAGAUGAAUGAGAGAACCUCGGUCUCAAAUGCCUUGCAGGUGGAGUAGAUGAGGUUGAAGCUUGAACAUAAUCUGGGUUGUAAAAGUUAAUAUAAUUAAUUUUUUUGAGAGAUUCAUGUAAAUGAUAUUAAAAUGUAUUAUGCUUAUAAAAUCAUUGUGUAAAAAAAAAGGGAUUAAUGUGUUUUUGUGGGGAUGA